AUGGCCACCGCAUACUGCUUCCUCUCCCUGUUUCUCCUAUCCACUUGGGUGGUUCUGCUGCUGCAGCCCCUGCAGGGUGCCUGGGGAGCCCCAUUGGAGCCAGUGUACCCAGGGGACUAUGCUACACCAGAGCAGAUGGCCCAAUAUGCAACUCAGCUCCGCAGAUACAUCAAUACGCAAACCAGGCCUAGGUAUGGGAAGAGGGAAGAGGCGAACACAGCUGGACUUCCUGGGAUGCAGCUUCCCCUGUGCUCCAGCCCGCUGGUUGGCUUGACUCCCUGUUCAGCUCCCUGGAGCUAA